AUGUCAGAUAGUGACAUCAAGUUAAAAAUAAAAGAAGUGAUUGAGGCAACAAUAUUAUCAAUAGUUCAAGAAUAGUCUGAAAAAAUUGAAAAGUUAGAAAAAUAAGUAGAGCAAUAAUAAGAAAGGAUUUUAUUAUUGGAAUCGAAAUUAUUUGGAUCAGAAUAAUAAAAGGUUUUUAGAAAAGAUUAGAAACAUUAAACAGCUAAUCCAAUUUAGCAUCUAUCGUAAUAGAAUUAAAUUUAGGCAUAGAAACCAGAUGCUACUAUUAUAAAAAGUUAAUUGAAGAAAUUAGAAUAAGAAAGAGAAAAAAAUUAGGAUCAUAAAUAGUUAUCAUAGUCUAAACCAAAAUAUUAACAACAGAACAGUUAAUAAAACUUAACUUAAUCUAAUGAUAAAUCUUCAUAUAAUAGAAAUAGUUAGAUUAAGCAUUAAGAAGCCAUAAAAGCAUUGCCUGAUCCAAAAAAACUAAAGACUUAAAUAUUAGAAUCUUAAAAAUUAUUUAGCAAUACCCAACCAAUCAAAUAAAACAGUUAGUAAAAAUCUCGUUCUUCAUCUUCAAAAGAUAUAAUUGCAUUGAAGAAAAGUCCUUCAUAAUCAUUAACUUUGGUUAAUGACUAAUAAAUUAAAACUGCUUCUAGUCCUAAAAAUUCUUAAAAGUCAAUAUUUUAUGGAUAAAAAUAAGAAGUUAAUUCGCCAUAAAAUUCAUUGAAUAAUGCUGAAGAAACUUAAUCAGAAAAUUAAUAAUCAAUUUAAAAAUCAUCUAUAAAAGAUUAAUAAUAAGUAUCAUUAUAACAAUUAGAUGAAAGUGAGGCUUAUUCUUAAACUUUUGACUCUUAAAUUCAAAGAAAUGAUUCUUAAUUAAUUCAAAAUUAAUUAGAAAUUGAAGAAUUAGAUAAAGAAAUUGUGCUACCAUUAGAGUUUAAAACUAUGACUGUAGAUUCAUUUGAAAUUAUAGAAAUGAAUUUUGUAAGUGAUUUACUUUAACAAAAUGAAAUUCCUGAUUCAGUCAAAUAUGUGAUUUAUGUUUUUCUAGUUAUAGUUGAAGACUUUAAUAAAUAUCAAAUCGAAGACUAAAAUUUUUGGGAUAAAGCCUCCAAAUUUUUACAAGAUAACGAAAAAUAAUUUCGUAAAUAUUUUUAUUAUCAUUUAGCCUUAUUCUUAUAAACUAUUAAAGCAAAAUCCUUCAAGAAAUCACAUCUAAAUUAAAUUUUACAAUUAAUUAAUAAAAAUCUUGAUGUCAUUGAUCCUGAUAAAUAUGAAGAUAUAGAUGCAUUAACUUGCACUUUAGCCUAUUUUAUUAAAGACUUUCAUGGUGCUCUUAUAAAGCUUUAAGUAUGA